AUGGAUCCGGUGGCCGCGGCGGCGCACGGCGGGGGGCACCACUUCGGGCCGCCGGUGGGGACGUUCCACCCGUUCCACGGCCACUUCCCGGGGCAGCAGCGGCCGUUGCAGCAGCAGCACCCGGCGUUCCAGCAUUUCCAGGACCACCACCACCAGCUGCUCGGCGGGAUGCUGGCCAAGCAGGAGCUCGUGGACGAGAGCAACACCACCAUCAACAGCGGCGGCAGCAACAACGGCAACAGCGGCGGCGAGGGCGAGCAGCACAUGGGCGGCGGCGGCGGAGGAGGAGGAGGAGGAUCCGCGCAGCAGCAGCAGCAGCACGCGGGCGGCGGAGGGGGCGAGGAGGGGCAACAGCAGCAGCAGCAGGCGCUGGCGGUGAUGCGGCGGCCCAGGGGCCGGCCCGCGGGGUCCAAGAACAAGCCCAAGCCGCCCGUCAUCAUCACGCGGGACAGCGCCAGCGCGCUGCGGGCGCACGUCCUCGAGGUCGCCGCCGGAUGCGACGUCGUCGACUGCGUCGCCGCCUUCGCGCGCCGCCGCCAGGUCGGCGUCUGCGUGCUCAGCGGCACGGGCGCCGUCGCCAACGUCUCCGUCCGCCAGCCCGGCGGCGCCGUCGCCACGCUCGCCGGCUGCUUCGACAUCCUCUCGCUCUCCGGCUCCUUCCUGCCCCCGCCGGCGCCUCCGUCCGCCACGGGGCUCACCGUGUACGUCUCCGGCGGCCAGGGCCAGGUCGUGGGCGGCACGGUCGCCGGCGCGCUCGUGGCCUCCGGGCCCGUGGUCAUCAUGGCCGCCUCCUUCGGCAACGCCUCCUACGAGCGCCUCCCCCUCGACGACGAAGAGCCAUCCGCAGCGCAGGGCCUCGCGCAGGCGCACUCCUCCCCACCGCCGCUCCCAUUGCCGACACACCAGCUCCAGCAGCAGCACCAGCCGUCCUCCUCCCUGGCGCAGGCGCCCGACCACCACAUCCCCCACAACCUGAUGAACGGCCUCCAGCAGCUCCCCGGCGACCCCUACGGCUGGACCACCCCGGGCGGCAGCGGCGGCCGCGUCUCGCCCUACUGA